AUGUAAAAUAUAUUAUUUGGAGGAGCACAAAGAGCAGCAAAUGGAAUUGUUGAUGAGCUCUCUAAAAGACCUUCUAGAGCUUUGAGUUUAAGAGUUCACAAUUAAAAAGGAGAAAAAAAAGGAUAAAGAAAAUAAAAGUUCACUUUUAAACCUGAAUUGCCUUUUGAUUAAUAAUUUGCUUAACUAGAGGUAUAAAAAUAUACAUUUUUUAGAUAUAUGCAUAACAACACUUUAGAAGAAGAUUGUAGAUUAAAGGAUUUAAAGGUACAUUUAAGAUUGAAAAUUGGAUUAAUAUUGAAACAAAAUUACGUAAUAUGGAAGGAUUAAAGGCAAUCGGAUUUGUAGAUACUUAAUUAGAUAAAGUUCAUUUAGAUGUAUUAUGCAAAUGGCUUUCAUGGAUAGAACCAUAAAAAUUGAUUAUUGAAUUAUAACAGAAUGAACUUGAUAAUGAAGAUUGUGCUGAUUUCCUUUACUUUUUAUUUGAGAGAAACAUAGAUGUUCGUAGUGUAAAUAUAUAUAUUAAUAUAUAGAUAUAUAUAAUGGGUAAUCCUGGAAUUUAUAAAGGAGUCUUAUUAAAAGAAUUGAAAGAUUAUUUAUUUAAAAAGUUCGAGAAUAAUAUGAUACAUUAUUAUAAAUUGAUAAAAAAUAAAUAAACUUUUUCAGUUGCAAUCUUAAGGUUGUUGAGGAGGAAAAGUGAUGAAUUAAUAAGUAAAAGAAUACAUCGAGCUGAAGCAAAAAUAGAUUAAACUUAGUAUUAUAAACUAUAAUUGAAAAAUUGUUUUACGGAUAAGAAUUGGAAAGGCUUUUAAGAUCUUAUAUAAACGACAUAUAAGGAGGAUAAUUUAGAAUAAUUAACUUAUUUAGAUAUAAGUAAUAAUUUUUUAGGGACUCAAAAUGCAUUUAAUAGUAUGUGUACAUCACUUUCUUCUGCUAAAGGUUUACUGGUCUUAAAAGUUGCAAAUUAACCAUUAAUUCAUAAUUCUUAAACUAUUGAAUUAUUAAUGGGGAAUAGAUAUGAUAAUCUUAAGUUAAGAGAAUUAGACAUUUCUGAUAACAAAGAAAUGUUAGAGAAAACUUUUAAAGCACUUUCAGAUAACAUUUUUAAAUCUUGCAAAAUAAUAACAUUUACAGGAAGUCUACCUUAAUAAUUAUCUACAUUAUUUAAAAUGUUUGUUCUGACUGAAGCAUUUGCAGAUAAAACUAAAGAAAGUAAAUAACUAUAUAGAGAAAGUAAUAUAUUAAUUUGAUUAAAAUAGAAUAAAAAUUUAGAAAAGAUUAUUUAUAAGUUUUAGAUUUAAGUAGUGUUGAAAAUUAUAAUCGUCAUGAUUUAGUAGAGAAAUUACUUCUUAAUACUGUAUUCACUGAAUUUUCUAACAUUAGAACAUUACGUAUAUUUAACAAUUAUUAUUUUAGAUGUUUAAAAUUUUGAUGUUGGAAGAUGUUAAGCUUAUGUCAAAGCCAAAAAGAAAUUUCUAGUUUAUAUGGAAAAGAAGAAAUAAGAUGAUGCAUUUUUUAAAAAUUAUAAACAUCCUUUGAAACAUAUUGUUUAUCCCAAAUAAAGUUAUAGAAUGGAAAUAUAAACUAAAAAAGAAUUCUUUUAAGAAUAUCUAUUUACAGAAAAAGGUAGUAUCAUUGAAAUAGAAUCAAUUGAAAUAUAAGCAAGCACAUUUAGGUAAGCAAAUAGAGCAGAAGGAUUGUAAGAGGCAUGUGUUUCAGUGAUAGAAAAGACAGCUAAUAAUCCAGAAACUAAAUAUUCAAUUAAAAAAAUAAUAAUGAAUGAAGGAGAUUAUCAAAUGGACUUAAAUACUAUUAAAUGUUAUUUAUGUUUGCCAUCAGUUUAAUUAGAAGAAUUAAGUUAUUUAAAUGACUCUAUGACAUUUUAAUGGAGUAGGUGGCAUCAAGAAAUGAUUUCUUAUUGUUCUAAAUUAAAUCCUGAUUAAUUUCAUAGUUUGAAAAUACUCAAACUUAAUAAUCUUUAUGAUAUAAAUAUCGAAAUCCAUUAAUUUAUAGAACUAUUUAUUUUCAAUCCAAAAAUAUAACUAAAAGAACUUUAAUUAAUUUAAAUUUAUACAAGUAAUAACAAUGAUAAUUUUGAAUCUUUAAAAAAAGCAAUAGAAUUGAGUGAAAAAGUCACUCUUGAAAGAUUAUCAUUGGGAGAAUUUUUUGAAGGUUAAGGAGAAGACAUAAUGUUUGAGUAAGUUGUUUUCAAUUAAAAAGUUAAUCUAAGAAGUUUAUGUUUAAAAAAUAUCAAGCUUCAAUAAUUUUUAAAUAACAUUGAAAAAUUAGUAUAGAAUAAUCAAGAUGAUAAUCCACUUUAAUUGUUGACUAAUUUUGAAAUUGAUAAUAUAAAUAUAGAGUCAAAAGAAGAUUGGAAAAAAGUAAUUCAAAUUUUUAUAAUUAAUCAAAGAUUGACACUUUAAACUUUGAAAAUAAAAGAUAAAGUAUUAAAUUAAUAAUUCUCUGAUGCACUUAAUCAAUUAAUAUAUCCUUUUGAAUAAGAAUUAUUUAAUUUAAUUAAAUCAAAAAAAGAAGCUGCAGGAAUGGUAAGAGACUUAAAUGAAUAAAAUAUGCUCUCUAAAAUAUAAAAUGAAAGCAUAGGAUUACCAUUUGCUUUAAAUUAAUUAAAUUUUGAAAAUUGUACAAUUUAAGAUGAUGUUAUAAGUGCAUUCUUAGUUAUUUGUGAACUUAAACAUCUCUCAAUUAUUAAUUGUAAAGAUUUUUAAAUUGGUAUCAAAAAGACUAUAGAUAUUAUAAAAUAAUUAUAAUUGGAUUAAUAUUAUUCAUUUAAAAUAAAAUCUUUUUCAUGUGAAAGAACUGUUAUAUAAGAUAUUGUAACAUUUUAAUCAUUAAUUAAAGAGAUUGUCUUAAAUUCAAAUAGAUAAUUAUUAGAAAUGCUAAAUUUAGAUAGUUGUGCUUUAAAUGAUGAUAUGUUAUAAGCAUUAUCCAAAUAACUUAUGGCAAUUAAAGAAGAAUAGAAAUUAUAUAAUAGAGUCUUUCUCUUAAGAGAUUUAAAUUUGAGUAAUAAUAAUCAAAUGUCAGUAAGUUCAUGGUAAUAACUUUGGGAUGUUCUAUUGAAUGAAAGUAAAUUAGAAAAAAAGGAAGAAAUACCUUAAGAUUAAUCAAUAACUGUAGUUAAUCCAUCAUUAUUAUUAAGUACAUUUGAAAAAGAUAGAGAUAAUACUAUUAAUGAAACUUAAAAGCUUAUUGAAACUUCAUAAUUAUGUUUAAAGGAAAAAACAAUUUAUAAUUAUAAGAAAUUUACCCCUUAAUUUCCUAAACAAAUAACUAGUCUAGUUAUGAAAAUGGAUUUCAAAAAUGUUAAUGAUAAUGAAUUAAAAUUUUAAUAUUAUAGAUUAAUUGUUGGUUUUAUAAUUCAUCCUGAAAGUUAAUUAAAAAAUUUAGAAUUAGAAUCAUUAAAUAUGAUAAUUUUCAUUUAGGCCUGUUUGGAAGCUUAUGAAUACUCUAAAUUUUUUUUAGAAUCAGCAUUAAAAUAAUCUAAACAAGAUCAUAAAAGUUAAAUAAAAUCAAUAAAAAUUAAAUCAUUAACAGCUAAUGAUGCAGAAAGCACUGAAAAAUUUAUAUAAAUAUUUCUGUGUUCUAAACAUAUAGAAUUAACUAAAUUACAUAUAUCUGGAUGUACUUAACCUAUUUUACAUCUAAUUCUAAAGAAUAUUGAUAGAAAAGAGGAUUACUAAUUAGAAGAAUUAUCACUUCCAGAUAUAGAAGAAACUCUAGAUUUAGAAGAUACAAUUAAUUAUUGUUAAUGGUUAAUAUUUGGUGAUAAAAUGCCAAUUAAAAAAUUAAGUAGUUCUCCAAAUUUAUCUGAAAUUAAUGAGGAGAAAUGUGAUCAAUUCACAUUUUCAAAAGUUAAAGUAGAAUCUAUAUAUUUAAAAUAUAAAUAAGAAACUUCAAACAAUAUUAAAUAAUAUAGUAUGAUUUUAUUUAAAUUAAUUUUAAAUGGAUUGUAAGAAAUAACAAUAGAUAAAACUGAUGCUACUUCUAUUAUUGUAGAUACUUUUAAUAAAAUUAAUAAUUUUGAUAAUUUAAAAUUAAAAAAAUUAAUAUUUAAAGGAGAUCUAAAGAUUAAUAAGAAUUUAUUUGAAAAAUUGUCUAAGUUAUUUGAGAUAUUAGAACUAUUCUAAGUAUAAAAAUUACUAUUAGAAAAUGAGUUUGAAAUUUAUGAUAUCUGUUCAUUAAUGGAUAUACAUUAAUAAAAAAAUCUUAAAUUUGAAAUCAAAUAAGUAACAUGCAACAACCCAAAUGAAUUUUAUAAGAAAUUCCUUUUCAACCCUAAUGUUGGUAUAACAGAAAUCAUUUUAAAGGAUCCCUAAUUAUUGGAAAAUAAAUUUGAUAUAUAUGAAUUAGGAUAAAAAAUAAGAUAUUUCAAUUUAAGUAUGGGUUUGUUGUACAAUUCAGGUACAUAAUUAAGUGUUAAUGCCUUAGAAAUAAUCAGUAAAAUGCUUAUAUACAAUGAAUCAAGUAAUUUAGAAGAAUUAGUAUUACAUUAAUGUCAUUUCAAACCAGCAGGAAUAGAAGCUCUAUGCAAAUAUGCUUCAACAUUUAGAGAGAAGAUCAAAAAAGAGGGAAGAGCAAAGACUGCAACAUUAAAAUUAAAACGAGUUACACUCUAUUAUGCAUUAUAUAUAGGAGAUGAUGGAGUCAAAAAAUAUGUUAAUAAUCUAUUAUAUUUUGAAUAUAUCAAUAUUGAGAGAUUUGAAGUAUAAGUGACUAAUUGGAAUGAUGAAAUGACUAAUAGUUUAUGUUAGGCAGCUCAAUGUUGGUUAUAAUACUAAAAAGAUUAGAAAAGAUAAUAUUCAACAAAAUACCCAAUAAAAUAUUUAGAUAUGGGAAGAAAUGAAUUUAUUGAAGAACAAGAAACUUGGUCUAAUUUUCUUAAGACAUUUGUAUUUACUGAUAACACUCCUGAUUUAGAAACAUUGAACAUACAUUUUAUGGCAUUAAAUGAUUUAAAAACAAGAUAUAUAAUAGCAGAAGCUCUUUAAUUUUUUUCAAAAAAACCAUAAAAUUAUAAAUUCAAUGUCAAAAAGAUUAAUUUUUCACAAAAUAAUUCAUUGACUCAUUUAGGAUGGUAAAAUUUAUUUAAAAACUUCUUUUUUCAUCCAAUGGUAUAUUUGGAAGAAUUAAACAUGAUUAGUACAAUGUUAGACAGUCAAAUAAAAUUAGAUGUAAUAGCAUAAGUAAUAAAAGAUAGAGCUCUUGCUUCUCCUAAUAAAAAAGUACCACUUCAUACUUUCUUAUGUUACAAUGUUAGUUUAAAAGAUUAUAUUGCUGAUUAUUUAUCUGAAUAACCUCCAAAUUAUUAAGUUCCUUAUGAUAUACCUGUAGAAAUAGAAUAUGAUAAUAGUCUAAAUUAUGGAUAUUUUGAUGGAAUCCCAGAAUCUUUUGGUGAUAUUUUAUAAAUGUUUUAAAGGAUUCUCAAAUUAAGGUAGAAUAUCGUUCAUCUAAAAGAUUGGAAAUUUACUCGAUCAAAAUAUUCACCUUAUCAUUUAAAUAUGAGUGAUCAUUAUUUAAAUAUCUUAAAUUAAUAUUAUACUGCAUAAGGUAAUGAUUAAAUUGAUAUUUACAUCAGUUUAUAAUCUUUAGAUAAUUUUGCUAAUCAUUUUGGAUAUAUAACUGAAUAUCCUGGUUCACCUUAUCCAUAUAAUUUAAUAUUUUAGUAAAAUACUUUUGAUUUUUUAAAGGAGAAAAAUUGUAAUAUCUUUAAAAUUAAAUUUAUUCAAACAGAAUUUGCUGAAUUAGAAUAAAUAAAUUAAUUUUAAAUUUUGAAAUUAUGGCAUAAUAUUAAGCAUCACAAUACUAGUAUUGAUUAGAUAUAAAUUGAAUAUGAUUUAAAUGAUGAUCUUGUAGAUGAAAUGUUUAGAUAAGGUUAUGAUGAAAGAGAUAUUAUAUCUCUUAUUAGAUUGAUUCCUCCUUCUAAAAUUCGAAUUUAGAAUUCUCUAAGUAUUUAAGCAAUUAAAGGUAUAUACUCUAUACUUUAUGAUACUUAUUAUUUUAAAUAUGCAAUGAUAAGUUAUAGUUUUGAUAAUUUCCUUAAUAUUGGUAUUGGUUACUCUCUUAGAGAAGUAUUUUAUAAUUAUAAUGCUACUGGACCUAUCAGAAAAUUCUUUAAAAUAGCAUUUUAUAAAUUUUUUAAUUUUUUUGUUAUUCCUACAAAGAGAUAUUUAUUUAAUGAUGAAGUUAAAAGAUUGAAUGAUUAUUUAUCCUAAUAAAAAUUCUACUUUUUUGUUAUUGUCAUUACAAACAUAUUAUUUUUUGUAAUUACUUUAGCUGGACCCUAUUUAUUAACAUACAAGUUAUUAGACAGAGAUGCUUCUUAAUUAACUAAGAAUUAUAUUUGUGUUAAUGGAACAAGCAAAGAAGCUUCAUAUUUAUAUUACGCAUUUGCUGUCAUUACUCUUAUAACUGAAGCUAUUUUAUAUUAUAAAGUGGCUUAAAUAGUUCCCAAUCACACUUAAAGAAUAAUUGUUAAUAAAAUAGCUAAUGAAAAAGAAGAUGAUGAAAAUUAAUAAAGACUUGAUGAAUAAGCACAAGAAAAACAAAAAAAUAAGAUACUCCCAGCAUCAGAAGAAGAUGUUACUAUGAUUAAAAAGUAAUCUUAAACAUAAAAUACUGAAAUAGCUAGACAUAGUGUAUUUUAAAAAAUGGCUACAGCAGUUAAUAAGAAAUUUUCAUAAGUUGCUGGUAAAUUUACAACUGCUGUUACAGCUUAAGCAGAAGAAUUCACUUAAUCUAAAUGGGGAAUCUUAUUAAGUUAUGGAAUAACUUUAUUAUCCUCUUAAUUAUUUAAAUUUGAUCUAUAUAAUGAUGUUGUAUUCAUUUUAAAUGCUUACAAUUGUGAAGAAUUUAUAGUAUUUUUAUUAGCUCUUAUUACAACUGCAUUCUCAUAGGGAAUUUACAUUUUACAAUUCUUUUAUUUAAUAGGUGUCAGAGUAGUUUAAAAUUAGAAAACUGCAAAAUUACUAUCAAGUAAAUUUAUUAAUGAUUUCUAUGCUAUCAGUUUUCUUGGUAGAAAUGCAGCACUUUCAACACUUUUAGAUUCUUCUGCUCCUUUUAAUGUUAUUAUUAUUCCUAAUACAAGAAUAGGAAGAUAUAUAUUCCCACAUCAUGCUGGAAAAGCAAUGAGCAAUUUAGUUAAAUCCUAUUUCUUUUAAUUUUUAUGUGAGGAUUUACCUUAAACUCUAUUACAAAUGUAUUUUGUUGUUAGUCAAGCCAUUAAAAGAUCCAAAGAGCUUUAAGUAUAAGUUUAUAUUUCUAUUUGUACAGCAAUCCUAACAGCUUUAUUAUCCUUUUAUAAGUAAAUUCUAUUUAUUAUAUCUUAGAUUUUUAUCUAUUAGGCCUACUAAUUUAUUACAAGAUAAUUUUGAUGAAUUGUCAUCAAGGUUAUCUAAAGGUUAUAAUUAGUAAAUAUAAACUUGCCUAAAGUAUGAGAAUGAUCAAAUUAAAACUUAUAUUGAUUUAUACAACUCUCCUGAUUAUGAAGUAGUCCAAGUUGAAUAAUCAUAAGAAGAAAGACAAUCAUUGUUAAAUUGA